AUGGGGGCCAAGGGGGUGGCAAUGGCAUUGUCGGCGGCGGGGACGGCGGCGCUGGUCUACGUCGUGCUCUCCGGACGGCUGUCCCCCGACGGCGCGGAGGAGGCGCCAAGGAGGCGGCACGGGCGGAGGGGCGUCGGCGGCGAGAGCGAGGCGAGGUGGCCUGAGAGCGCGCCGGCGAGCUGGAGGGAAGCCGCGGCCGUGGCGGCGAGGACGGUGAGGUUCGCGUACGGCGAGACGCUGGGCAAGUGGCCGUUCGGGGACCUCGCCUUCGGGAUCAGCCACUACAUGCGCCUCCAGGGAAAUCUGCAGCAUGAGUAUAGAAGUGGCAAUUGUGUGCCCUUGGAAGGUCAUGCAGUAAGGCAGGAGCUGAUUGUACUUCUCAGGUACCUGAGACUCUGCAUGUUCUUCUCAAAGGAGCAUUAUGAAGUGUUCCUAGAGUUUGGUGGAUAUGAGCAGAAUGAUAUUCUCAUAAGGAAGUCCAAGGCAAAGCUUAUGAAGCCCGCGUUCACGUUUGUUCGUGACGAAAGUACCAGAUGCUUCCUCCUUUUUAUCCGGGGAGCUAUCAGUGUUAAGGAUCGCCUGACGGCGGCAACUGCUGCAGAGGUUCCGUUUCAUCAUGCUGUGUCACAAGAAGGCCGUGGAUCCUGUAUAGUUGUUGGGCAUGCACAUUGUGGAAUGGUUGCAGCAGCUCGCUGGGUUGCGGAUCAGGCCAUUCCCUGCCUCAGCAGAGCAGUCGAGCGAUUUCCAGACUACAAAAUUAAGAUCAUUGGACAUUCAAUGGGUGCUGCUAUUGCAGCUAUUUUAACAUACAUACUACGUGAGAACAAGAAGUUAUCAUCAGCUUCAUGUGUUGCCUUUGGACCAGCUGCUUGCAUGAGCUGGGACUUGGCUGAAUCCAGCAAAGACUUCGUCACCACUGUUGUCAAUAGAAAUGAUCUGGUCCCAUCUUUUGGCAAGGUCUCAGCCGCUGAACUUCGUACAAAGGUUAUGGCAUCAUCCUGGGCACCUGGUCUCCAGGAGCAUAUUCAGCAGAAAAGAUUCCUGAGUUUUAUAAACCACUCUGUAGACCUCAUGCGAUCCUACAUUCCUUUUGUAUCCAGUCCAAGUUCUAAGGUUGCAAAUGUCGAUAUGCUGCAAUCUUGGACUGCUGAGGGUGAGAUGAAGCAUUCAGAGGGCGUGCAUGAAGUAGUGAAGAAACAUUCUGCCCUAUCCUGCUGGCCAUAUGUUGCUACAAAGAGUCAAGCUUUUGAUGAAGCUGGGAAAGGAACAGAUGGAGAACACAUGGAGCAGCUCCUGGAAGCCCUGCGAUCACCGUCGAGUGCCUCUCAAGCACCCCGGCAUUGCCAGUUGUACCCCCCAGGAAGAAUCAUGCACAUGGUUGCAUUGCCAAAAUCAGAAGAGCAAGGCAGCCAGAGUGAGGGUGUUGCCCUCUACGAGACCCCUCGCGACAUGUACAACAAGAUCCGACUCGACAGAUCGAUGAUAAGGGACCAUUACAUGCCUAGGUACAUUGAGACGAUGGAGAUGCUCAUCGACAAGCUUGCAGAGGAUGACGUGCCUCCCAGUGACACCAACGGCAUCCGGUUGGACUAACUUUAGAAAUAAGG